UGUUCAAAUAUAAUCAUUGAAAAGUAAAACAAAAAAAAAAAGAAAAAUAAUAUAAGUUUCUCUCCGUCUUUCUCGUCGAUCCGAAGCUCUGAGAAAAGAAAUGGCGGGAAGAGCUCAGAUUCCGACAUGCAAUUCAGCACUAAUUGCAAUGAUUGCUGAUGAGGAUACAGUGACUGGAUUUUUGAUGGCUGGAGUUGGAAAUGUGGAUUUAAGAAGAAAAACCAACUACCUAAUUGUGGAUUCGAAAACAACUGUGAAGGCAGUUGAAGAUGCAUUCAAAGAGUUCACCACAAAGGAUGACGUUGCUAUUAUUUUGAUCAGUCAAUAUGUCGCAAACAUGAUACGGUUUUUAGUUGAUAGCUAUAAUAAGCCGGUUCCAGCAAUUCUCGAAAUUCCUUCAAAGGAUCAUCCUUACGAUCCUUCUCAUGAUUCUGUUCUUUCACGUGUGAAGUAUCUCUUCUCGGCCGAAUCCGUUGCAUCUGGAAGGCGUUAACCAUGUCCUACUGGUCUGCUUAUCAAAUUCCAAUUAUGGUAUAGGACCAUAGUUGAUGUAGCUGCAAAAGUCUGUGCAAAAUCAUACACCAUCAUAAACUAUAUCAUCAAUGUACUUCCCUGUGAUUGAUUAUUCAGCCUUUUGCGGAUCGAAUAACCUCUUCAUUUCUUGUGUAUGUUGUAUUUAUUGAGUACCAGAAUCUGAGAUCAAGGUUACAAGAACAGCUUGAAUGAAUUUGCCUGUAGAAGGCAAAGAAGCUGAUUAUUUUCAUCAUA